AUGAACUCCUACGACUUCAGCCUGGUGGAGGAGCAGGACCCGUCCGUUGCCGAGGGCCAUCGAGUUCUUUAUGACCGCGAAGUUCCGUUCGAAAUAAGAAAUCAGACCGAUCCCAACGACCCUUCACAGGAGCUGGGCACGCUUGAGGCCAUCAAGGUGAAAAUUCUGAUCAUGGGCGAGGAGCAGAAUCCCUUGACCCUGAGGAUUGAGCUAACGAGCGAGACGGAUCUAUUCUUCCACUUCAAUCACAACCUGGACGAGCAUGGGUUCCGACAGGUCCAGGAGCAUCAAAAGCUCAUGGUCGACUUCCCGGAGUAUCCCAAUGUAUUGAUACGAAUGCUGAAUAAUUGCAUCAAAGAGCCCCACAGUCACCUGGCUGUGUUCGUGAUCGAGAGGGAGGGCCUUGCCCGCCUUGAUUUCAUUCAGAACAUGGAGUACAAGUUCGUUGAGCUCCUCUCGUGUAAUUUUAUCGCUUCGCCCGAGGACGUUAUCCGUGCUCACAUCUGCUUCCGCUACAACACCCUCAAGUCGAGGCUCUCCCUCGUGCAGUCAAGACUUCAGGACAUCGAGUCCGUCAUCAAGGUGAAGAACCCAUCUCUUCUCCUCCAGCUCAGCAAGGCCUCUACCUCCCGCUCUGGGAUGAAAUGA